AUGAAAAUAGGCAUUGUGGCUUUCUGUCUUUUGUGUUGCUGCUUUGAAGCUUUGCAUGGUGUUGGCCAGUGUCCAUCCAUUUCAUCCUGCACUACAUCUUGCACAGAGAAUAUCACCAACCAUUCUCAGAUCAAAGAUGAAUUUCCAAGAGAAAAUUUUACUUUGAUUUGUCCUUUGCCCAGCAGUGUGAAAGGUUUCUAUAUGAAGCUGUAUAAGGGCCAGAGCAAUCAAGAAGUCUGUUCUCUUUAUGUAGACAAUGGGGAAAAAAAUUCUGAAAGAACAAAUGAAUUCUGUGAACCAAUCCAUUCAGAUGAAAUGGUAUCAUUCACUCUCAGAAAUUUAAAAAGCAAGGAUAGUGAUACUUACAUCUGUUGCCUAGAAGUUCUUACUCCAGUCUACCGUUGUUGCAAAUCGAAUGAAAAGCACCUCUAUGUUCAAGAUUCAGAAAAAUCUUGCUGGCUAUCGGAACUUACAUCAUGGAUACUUAUUGGACUCGUAGUGUUUUUAUUUGUUGCCUGCAUCUUUUCCUUAAUAGGGUGUUUUAGAAGUGCGGUUUGCCAAUGUGCCAACACUUAUGAAAACAACACUGAAUAUAUGUCCAUGGCGGCAGUAAAACCUAGAUGAAAAUGCAGUAUCCAGAGAAAAUACAUAAAGUGGGUUCCAUGAAGCAGUGGGGUCAAAGAUGACCUUGGACUUAAUUUACUUUCAAGGAGUUGGUUUUCUCUCCUUGCUUAUCUCUUCUUCCUAAACAGCCAGCUUUGGCUUCAUCAGAAAAGCUCCUAAAGCAAGAAACUACUUUGAAUGAACCUAGCAUAACAUCUCCAUGCCAUCAAGAUUCUUCUCCACGUAUUAAUCUUGCAUUCCUCCUCAAUGCCAGUUCCAGAUACUAGGACUGCCUUGUCUACAGUUAUUUUUCUGUUAUGAAUCAAAGACUCAAAAGAUUAAUGGAAAUAUGGAAUA